AUGACAGGAAAAUUCGUUCAAAGAUCACGGUUUAGAUUUCACCCUGCUUCAGUUAGACAAGCUGGUGUUGUGUCUUGGACCCCUCCACACGCCGUAUCAAAUACUAUUCUUGAUGUAGCUUUCGUGCAAGAAAAACCUCCCAUCGCGAUGAAUCUAGUGCAUCCAAGACCGGUCGCAUGUAGGACAGUGAUGCAGGCCAUUGCGGACGCCCUAGUCGAGCGUAAAGUAACAAGUUACCCGCUACCACUUGUGCCGUUCUCGAAGUGGCUCGAAAAGCUCGAAUCAAAUGCCAAGGACUUGAGCAAAGAGCGCAUCCUUGCCAUCAAGCUUCUCAACUCCAUGCGUCCAAUCGCUCAAUCAGACAUCGUGACCAGGGCAUCUGGAGAGAUGGGCGUCGAAGUGGCUGGCAUGGCUUUAUGCGUCACCGCCGUAGCCGAGCGUGUCAGUCCAACGAUGAGGGAGCUGAAAUCGCUGUCUUCAGCAGACGUGGGGCAAUGGGUGGAUUAUUGGAUGUCGGCGGGAAUGUUUCAGUGA